AUGCGGGCGACCUCGCGCCUCUUCGCGACCGUCAAGUCGGCCUCCAAAUACCUCGAACCCAACGUGCCUACCGGCCUCACAGGCCUCUCAACACACCCCUCCCCCCGCCCAGCCCUCAUCUACACGUACCGACAAACGCUGACCAAACUCGCCCAACUGCCCAAAAGCUCCGUGUACCGCCAAUCCGCCGAAGCGCUCACAAAACACCGUCUAGAGAUCAUCGAGUCGACGAAGCCCGAAGGCUAUGACGCAUGGCUGGAACGAGUCCACAAGCAAAUCGAGGCGAAUCCCUCUGCGUACAGUAAGCUGCUGAAUGAAGAUGGAUCGCUGAGCAGUGAAAAAUUACAUGUUGAGCCUGUAGAGACGUGGGAUGGAGUCGUUGGAAGGCAAGAUGUGAAGACCGAAGGGGGGUUGAAUUCGAUGGAAGAGGCAGAGAGGAAGGCUGCUGCUGUCAAUGAGGAGGUGAAAAAGAUGGAUCAGGAGGAUAAAGAAGGGAAAUUGCCGACUGUGGAUGAUUUGGAGGUCGAGCCGCCACUGACCAAGGCCCAGGUCGAUGAAAUUGAGAAGAAAAUUGGGGCCGGACUGAUUGAAGAAGUCCUGCAGGUCGCUGAAGGGGAAUUGGGACUCGUGGAUGAGAUGUUGAGGUAUCAAGUGUGGGAAGAGCUCGAGGAGAAGAUUCCGACCGGCCAAUGGGUCUAUUUUGAAAGAGGUGAUAGAGUGUAA